CCAUGGUUGAUAGUUCCAUGUUUCCACCCCAACAAAGAGAAAACAGCAUCAACUUCUACAAAACACACACGCACCACGGACCCUCUUCCUUCUGCAUAGGGCUUCGUUCCUUUCUUUCCGCUCUCUCUCUCUCUCUCUCUCUCUCUCUGGAGUGUGAAGUCUAUCUCUGUCUCUCUUUCUCUCUCCUUCGAUCUCUCUAAGCCCAAAGUCUCUAACAUCAUCGGAUCUGAGAGAUCAUUGGGCAUCAACCUCUUUUCGUUAAUCUUGUCGGACCUCCCCGAAUUUCGAUUGGAUUUGCACUUCUCUUCUUUUCUCUUUUGUCUUCUCUUUCUCUCUCUCUCUCUCUCUCCCUCUCUCUCUCUCUCUCUCUGCCUCUCGAUAACAAGAAAAAGCAAAGAAGAACAAUAUCUGUGCGUAAUCGUAAUGGCUUCCCUGUCUCCGACUUUCAGACUAUUAUGACACCGCCUCUCUCUAAAACUUCAUACUUGCUGACUUCAGGAAUUUACUUCAACAGUUUAUUUUUAAUAAACACAACUUGUUCAAACGAUCAGGUCGAUUAAAUAGGUGUUCGUGGGUCUCCAGGCAGACGCAUUCGCUGUUGCCGUCGGAAAUGCGAAUGCCGGAACGAUGAGCAUCACCGGCGACGAGGAAGAAGAUGAGGAAUGCUUCUACGAGUCACUCGACCGCAUCCUCUCUUCCUCCCACUCUUCCACUUCGUCUUCCGCCGUCGUCUCUGAAGACGACGAACCCUCCAAUUCCCCCAAUUAUGCUUCUGACCAUCCCCCCUUUCCCAGAUUCCCCACGGUCGUCUCCAAGUACGACGUCUGGAUUGCCGAACCCUCCUCCAUCGAAGAACGCCGCAAGCGUCUCCUUCGCGAGAUGGGCCUCAGCGGCGAUCGUUCCCUCUCCCGCCUAAAAUCCUCCAACGAUCCCAACCACCAAGGUGGCACCGGCCGUAGAACCAAGGAAACGGAGUUGUUCGGGAGAUCUGUUUCUGCCGAUCGCUUACCAACUCAACAACACCAGGAUGCCUCCUCUCUUGGUAAUUCCAAUUCGGGCAUCGUUCGAUCCAAGUCAGACGGUUCCGCCGAUUGCACCUCUUCCUUAUGUCCUCCGCCCAACACAGAUCACUAUAAUUCUUCCACAUUUUCUUCUACUUCAAUUCAUUCAAUUUAUUCAAUUCAGUCUGUCGGGAACUCCGUUCCCCUUGUACAUAAUCCUCUUCUUUCUAAAUCCCGGAGCAGCGGAAGCAACGGAUCCCCUAAUGCCAAUGUUGCCCCUCCCAAUAAACCCCCUACCGGGAAACCUUCUAGGAGGGUGGAAAAUUUCAGAAGUGAUCCCACAAAUAUCAACCCUAGCCCUAACUUCAAUUCCAUGACUCCUGUGUCGGCCAAUGCUGGCACUACUGGUAGGGAAUUCGAUGAUGAUUCGGAUUAUAGUGGCAACGGUAAGGUCCCUGAUCAGUUCUGCACGAUUAAGAAUUUGGAUAAUGGAAAGGAGUUUAUAGUCAACGAAUUCAGUGAGGAUGGCAUGUGGAACAAGCUUAGAGAAGUCGGGACUGGCCGGCAGCUCACUAGGGAGGAAUUCGAGAUGUGUGUUGGGCAUUCGCCCAUUGUUCAGGAACUGAUGCGGAGGCAAAAUGUAGACGAGUUGAAUGUUAAAAACGAUGACUCGGAAUUGAAUGAAAAUGGCAGUGCUGGCGGUGGAUCAAAGUCAAAGAAGAAAGGAAGCUGGUUCAGGAGCAUAAAGAAUGUUGCCAGUACCGUGACUGGCCAGUGGGAGAGGCGGAGCAGCGAUGAGAGGGAUACCUCGUCGGAGAAGGGUGGGAGGAGGUCAAGCUCUGCCACGGACGACAGCCAGGAUGUUACAUUUCAUGGCCCCGAGAGGGUUAGAGUUCGGCAGUAUGGAAAGUCUUGCAAAGAGCUCAGUGCACUGUAUAAGAGCCAAGAAAUACAGGCCCAUACUGGAUCUAUCUGGAGCAUCAAGUUCAGCUUGGAUGGGCGAUAUCUUGCAAGUGCUGGUGAGGAUUGUGUCAUUCACAUAUGGCAGGUUCAGGAAUCAGAGAGAAAGGGUGAUUUACUGCUGGAGAGACCAGAAGACGGGAUUUUAAAUCCAUUCAUGUUAGUCAAUGGUUCGCCUGAACCAACGUUGGUGUCAUCUAGUAUGGAUAACCAUUUGGAGAAGAGGAGAAGGGCAAGGACAUCAAUUAGCCGGAAAUCCAUAAGCUUGGACCAAGUCAUUGUUCCAGAGACUGUCUUUGCACUUUCAGAAAGACCUAUUUGCACUUUUAGAGGACAUCUUGAUGAUGUGCUUGACCUUUCCUGGUCUAAAUCACAGUAUUUGCUCUCAUCUUCAAUGGACAAAACAGUUCGUCUGUGGCACAUGUCUAGCAACUGUUGCUUGAAAACAUUCUCACACAGUGAUUAUGUGACCUGCAUCCACUUUAAUCCUGUAGAUGAUAGAUUUUUCAUUAGUGGGUCACUAGAUAAUAAGGUCCGCAUGUGGAGUAUUCCAGAUCGCCAAGUUGUUGAUUGGAAGGAUCUACAUGAGAUGGUGACUGCUGCUUGUUAUACACCUGAUGGCCAGGGUGCACUAGUUGGUUCAUACAAGGGCAGUUGCUACCGAUAUAACACUUCUGAAAACAGGUUGCAGGAGGAAUAUGCAAUUGAUUUACAGAACAAGAAAAAGAAAUCCCAUCUCAAGAAGAUCACUGGUUUUCAGUUUGUCCCAGGGAGUUCCUCAGAAGUGCUUAUUACAUCUGCAGAUUCACGAAUACGGGUUGUUGAGGAUAAGGAGUUGGUUCACAAAUUCAAAGGGUUUCGCAAUACAAGCAGUCAAAUUUCAGCCUCAUUGACAGCAGAUGGGAAUUAUGUGGUAUGUGCCAGUGAGGACUCUUCUGUGUAUGUGUGGAAACAUGAAACCGGAUCCCGACCAAGUCGAAGCAAAGGUGGUGUCACAGUCUCACGCUGCUAUGAGCAUUUCCACUGUCAGGAUGUAUCUAUGGCCAUUCCUUGGCCUGGCAUGGAAAGCCCCGGUGAAUUGCAAGAUACUUAUGGUGGAGAACAGGAUGGUAUUGAUAAUCUGGAUGAGGUUCCUGCAGCUAACCAUCCACCAUCACCAGUCAAGGAGGCUAAUGGGAAUGAGGGUUUAUCAUCUACACAUGGGUACACCAACAGUCCACUGCAUAGUAUCAUUUCUAGUUCAAACAGCAGUUAUUUCUUUGAUAGGAUAUCAGCAACAUGGCCGGAAGAAAAGCUGCUUUUGGCAACCAAAAACCUGAGCCCUCAUGGCAGCUCCGAUUUCUCUAAUGGUGUUAUGCAAGGUAGAACAGCUUGGCGUAUGGUUAUUGUGACCGCAGGACAUAGAGGGGAAAUUAAAACAUUCCAGAAUUUUGGACUACCGGUUCGAAUAUAAAGGCACUUCAAUUCAAGCCUGAAGAAAUGGGCCAGAGCCUGGGUGACUUGGUCAUAUCACAUGAUAGGGCCCCCAUAUUCUAACCAAGCUUAAGCUGUCCAAAAAAAUGGUAGUUUUUUUUUUUUUUUGUGUAUAGUCAGAUAUAUGGUGAGGAUUGUAAUAUUUGGGAAUUUUCGUCCCUUGCUUCCAUGUUUUCGUGUUUUCUGGAUGUGGGAGACGUAGAGUCAGAGAGCCAGGAAGAAUGAAUAGAAAGGCUCCUAAAAGAAAAAACCACACAAUGGAUUUAGAAGAAUCCCAAGGAUUAGUGUAAUGGGAAAUUGUAGAGUCAAAGAGUAUGAGAAAAAAGAUCUUGGAAUUCAAAGGAUUCUUUUUUUUUUC